AUCAGCUCAGUCGUCAGUUUCGGUAACGGCAGGAUUAAGUAAACGACACAAUCACACGCUGUUUAAAACGUUUUUAGCAGCUUUUACAGCUGCAUAAGACAGCAUUUAUUAAACAUACAAACACGGAGAGUAUCUCACUCAGCUGAGGAUUUUUGUAAAUUGUCUUUGGCCGAGGAAAAUUAAAGGGAAUCGAGGAUUUGGUCGCUGCCUCUGCCCUUCCUGUUCAGGCCUUUGUUUUUCAUUGCUGCGCUCGAGUAGGCGAACACCAGCGCCCCCUGCGAGCCAACAGGGAAGAGCCGAGGAUAGGGAGCCACACAAGCGGCCGAGCCUCCUGCCUCCCGUACGACGUGGGUCCCCACAGCUCAGCUGUCCGAUGCGGAGUGAGGAUGAGUCCCGCUCUGGAAGCGCUCAUGCAGGCGGACGGAACUCCUUAUCCUCCCAAAGGGGUGAUGCUUGAACCCUUCGUGCACCAGGUGGGAGGCCACUCCUGUGUGCUGCGAUUUGGGGAACAAACCAUCUGCAAGCCCCUCAUCCCACGGGAGCACCAAUUUUACAAGAGCCUCCCACCAGAGAUGAGGAAGUUCACCCCUCAGUAUAAAGGUGUGGUGUCAGUUAGCUUUGAAGAGGAUGAGGAAGGGAACCUGUGCCUCAUCGCCUACCCCCUCCAUAGUGAAUCAGGGGACAUAGAAAACAAAGAUCCUUCAUCAGAUUGUGAGCCCAAGACCAAGAUGCUGAAGUGGAGCAACAAGAAACAGGCUACACUGCUUCUGGACAACGACAACUACAGCAAAGACAGAACUCGACACACCCGUAAAGAAGACAAGAUCCUGAGUUAUAAUCGUGAUGAUGUGCAGCAACAGCAGCAGGCAGAGGUUCUUUACUUCAGCCUGGAGAAGGGCAACGUGGUGCCACAGAUCAAACACAAUCCCUGGAGUCUCAAAUGUCACCAACAGCACUUACAAAGGAUGAAGGAGAAUGCAAAGCACCGCAACCAAUACAAAUUUAUCCUUUUGGAAAACUUAACAUGGUGCUAUAGAGUACCAUGUGUCUUAGACUUGAAGAUGGGAACUCGCCAACAUGGUGAUGAUGCAUCAGAGGAGAAGAAAGCCAAUCAGAUUCGCAAGUGUCAGCAGAGCACUUCUGCCUCUAUUGGAGUGCGACUUUGUGGCAUGCAGGUUUACCAGUCAGACUCAGGGCAGCUCAUGUUCAUGAAUAAGUACCACGGCCGUAAGCUGACCCUGGCCGGCUUCAAAGAGGCCCUCUACCAGUUCUUUCACAACGGACGCCGCCUUCGUCGGGAGCUGCUGUCACCGGUGCUGCGCAGACUCCGGGAGAUGCAAGCUGCCCUGGAAGCCUGUGAGUCCUACCGCUUCUACUCCAGCUCCUUACUCAUUAUCUACGACGGAGACCCCCCCAGGACUCCCACUAGACCCAGACACCGUGGUGGGGAAGAGGGUGAUGAGGAUGAGCCAUCAGAUGAGGAGGAGGAGGAGGAGGAAGGGGCCUUUGGUUUCUCUCGUUCCUCCUCAGCAAGUAGCAGCUCUAGUGUGGCCGGGGGGAGUAGUAACAGUGGCAGCAGUCGCUCAUCCCAUAGCGUGGGAGAGGCCAGCAGCCCAGAAGUGGAUGUGCGAAUGAUUGACUUUGCACAUACCACCUGUCGGCACUAUGGAGAAGAUAGUGUGGUGCAUGAGGGCCAGGACAGUGGUUUCAUCUUUGGCCUCCAGAACCUGAUCACCAUCAUCUCCCAGCUGGAGGAUCACAGUACUGAGUGAAGCUGCACUAGAGCCAGUAUGGUCUGAAUUUCAACCCUGGGAAAAGCUCACUGAGCUACAACCCUGUUACUCCAAGGUGCAUCGUCCUUAUGCCUAUGUGGUCGUCUGACCCUCCUCUGCUCGGGGGAUCCUCAGACACCUCUGUGUCAGGGAAGAGCCUGUGUGGUCGUGGUUUCACUCUCCCUAAUAUGCCAGAGGACAGGGCUGCCUGAGCCCUAAUUGCACUUUUGUCUUUCUGAGACUACUCCUUUUCUUUAUUAGGAGGAAUGUUGUAUGAGACAGAGGUCUCUCAACUAACACAGGGACUCCUGCAGUAUCCUAGGACUCCUCUCUGCCUCUGGUACACACAAGUUUCUUUAUUUAAAUUCUCUCUGAGAGAGAAAGAGCGAGGCAGAGGAAAUUAAAGCUCAAUGUAGUUCUAGGAUCCCAAUGUGGUGCUUUACCUGUGAAAUGACGCAAGUGUUUUUUGUUUUCUUUUUGGAUGAAGUUUGGACUGCUAGUCCCCAACAGCACAGUAUCAGUGGGGAAAUGACUGUAAAAGCUGACCUUGGCUGGCUAGGUCAGCAGCCUUGUAGCAAUUGACAAGUUAAGCUUCAAAUAAGGACAUUUUAUGUUUUUAUAUUGGUGUCUGUUUAGACCCUUGCAACAAACAUGGUUUCUAUGUCCACCAGGCACUUGGAUUUACAUUUUUUGGUGGAACAACAAGACUCUUUAGGUAUAGAAGAAGGGAUUUGCCUUUUUUCAACAGUUGCUCUACCCUAUACCUUUUUUUGCCUAUAAACUUUUUAAGGGGAUUGCAAGGGGUUAAUAUCUUUGUUUCGUCAUUGUCUCUGUUUUUGUCUGAUUUUCAUUCCCAAAAAAGAGAAUAUAUUGUUAAAAACACUAGCUACAAAGACUAUAUAGAGACUAUUUAUUUGAAAGGAUUGUUUAAAAAUAAUGAAAAAAAAUGGAAACAGCUACAUUCCAUAUUACCACUCAAAUGUUCUGUUCUGAUAUCAAUUUUGAUUUAUUUUGUUAUUGCAAGAGCCAAUAGCUCUCUUGUGUACCUGUGUGUUAAGUGUCUUGAAAAUAAAGGCAUUCAUUUGUGGUAAAACA